ACUUUUCUUCUUGCAGAACGUUCCUUUAAUUGUAGGUACGCCUCUUCUUCUUCGUAGUCUCCACCUUCCAUGGCUAAGCACCUCAAGACCUCCCUUCUCUUGCUGCUUCCACUACUUCCUCUCCUCGUCGCAACUGUUUCAGCUGGUGUGUUCCUCAGCAUCGACUGUGGAUCUUCGGAGUCGUUCAUCGACGAAAGUAACAUCGAAUGGGUAGGCGACAACUUGUACAUCGGGCACGGCCGAAGCUUCGUCUUCAGGAACCGCGGUUCGCUCUCGCGGGCCAUGACCACACUCAGAUUCUUCGACUCGAGGAGGAAGAGCUGUUACCGGAUCGACGUUAGCGGCGGCGGACGAGUGCUCGUCCGUGCCAGCUUCAACUACGGGAACUACGACGGGAAGUCAUUUCCUCCAAGCUUCGCUCUGCAGUUCGACGCCAACGGCUGGGACACGGUGGUGACGUCGCUGGAUCAGCCGGUCUCGCGCGAGGCGAUCUACGUGGUGAAAGGCGACGCCACCAGCGUGUGCGUCGCCCUGACGCUGACGAACCAGUUCCCGUUCGUGUCCGCCAUCGAGGUCAGGAGCUUGGAGUGGAGCAUGUAUGCCCAUGUCGACCCCAGCCGUGCGCUAUUCCUGCGAACAAGGGAGGCCUUUGGUGCACAGCAAAUCGUGAGGUACAAGGAUGAUGUUUAUGACCGUAUAUGGACCCCAAGCAUAAUAUCGAACGGGUUGACAGCACUCGCAAGUGAUACAAGCUUCAUCGUCCCGGAUUCAAUGGAUAAGCCCCCAGCGUUGGUGCUGCAGACUGCAGUAGCACCCACCCAACCAUCGAGCUUGUCGAUUCUUCUCACUUAUCGACCAACAUCCACCCUAACAAUCUUCAUGAACAUGUACUUCUCAGAGAUGUCCGAGCUAGAGUCCACUCAGAUGCGUUCCUUCGAGAUCUAUGUCGACGGCGUGAAUGUUUCAGCACCUGUAAGCCCACCUUACCAGAAUUUCAUCGAGUUAUCCUUUAACAUGCCAGCAAACUCCAACACAGCCAUCGAGUUGAGGCCCACGGCUGACUCCACGCUUCCGCCAAUCAUCAGCGCCAUGGAGGUUUUCCUUGUCAGUGCUGCUCUGAGCAAUGGAACCAAUGCAGACGACGGUACGUCUUUGAUCGAAACUUCAUCCAAUGUGGAUAGCCGAUGCUCAAUCAAGCGAAUACGAAUGCCAAAAACUCCUGAUUUCAACAUGAUAGUGAACGCACUUGGGACUCUGCAACGACAGUUCAAGGUCCUCCUGGACUGGAAUGGCGAUCCCUGCCUCCCAUUAUCCUACAACUGGGAAUGGGUGAGAUGCAGCUCCGAUGAAAAACCUAGAAUCACAGAACUAAUUCUAUCCGGAUUUAGACUUACUGGAGUUCUGCCCAACUUCGGUGCAUUAACUGCCCUGGAAAUUGUAGAUCUGCACGAUAACUCCUUGAGUGGGGAGAUUCCAGAUUUCUUAGGCAAUUUGCCCAAACUACGAAUACUAAACUUGGCUUACGACCACUUCAGUGGAUGGGUACCCUCCUCGCUGACGCAGAACACCAAACUUGACUUGGAGGUUUCCGGUAAUCAAGACUUGUGCCCGUCGGGCCGAUCAUGCAACGGGAGGAGAGGCUCGCCGAAGGAAGGGAAAGGCAAGGGACUUUGGUGGAAACUCGCCAUUGUUGGUCUUGGCGUCUUUAUAAUAAUAUGCGCCUGUCAGAUAGCCCCCGAUCAAUGGCAACAAGUUUAUUCCUUUUUACAGAACCAAUAAGGUUUAAUUUUUGGGUAUUUGUAAGAUAAUAUUAUUUAGGAAUAUUUAAAACUUACUUUGAAUAAAGUUAUUAAUUAGCUUUA